UCUAUUAAUUAGCAUGCAUCCUCCAAGUAGUCCUUCCUAGUUGAGCAAACAAAAGAUGGAGAGCAAGCACACAUCAGAGUCCUCUAAUAUUGGAACAUCUUUUCUCUCUGCUGUGUCAUCAUCUCACAUGAAUACCACACAGUCCAAGAACAUGGUAGCUUCACAAUCUCUAUACUAUUCUCUUGAGUGGAAUGCGAUCCAAAAGAAAAUCGGAUCCUUCCUGUUUUUGUUGCUUCUACUCUCCACCAUCUUCCUUUUGUUCAUCUUGUAUUCUUCAAACACUUACAAUAUCACAACCAAAUAUGCCCUUAAAGAGAUCUCCAUUUCAGAGAAUUUGUCUCCUCCUGCAACCAAGGAAGCACCCAUCAAUGAGUCUUCACUCGCCACUACUCAAAGAUCACCCGCAACUGAUGUGUGUGAUUUGUCCGUGGGAAAGUGGGUAAAGGAACCAAGAGGGCCUCUAUACAACAACGCGACGUGCCGAACCCUGCCAGAUUUGAAGGACUGCAUGAAGUACGGGAAGGAGCCGAGCUACUUGUACUGGAGAUGGAAGCCCGAGGGGUGCGAGCUCCCGAGGUUCGAUCCCGAAACGUUCCUCGCCGUCGUCCGGGGCAAGAAGAUGGGCUUCAUCGGAGACUCACUCGCCCGGAACCAAAUGGAGUCCCUGCUGUGCCUUUUAUCUCAGGCAGAGACUCCAAUCGACGUAUACAAGGACGACGGCGACAAAUUCCGAACAUGGCACUUCCCCUCCCACAACUUCACGCUCAUGGUCAUGUGGACCGAAUUCUUCGUCGAAGGAAUACAAAGGAUAGUAAACGGAACGGCUACUGCGUCAUAUGACAUACACUUAGACAAGAUCAACACAAACUGGACCUCGCGACUUCCGGGUCUAGACUUCGCGGUCAUCUCCGGCGGUAACUGGUUCUUCCGAACCCACUACUUGUACGAAGGCGGAAAAACCGUCGGCUGCCUCAACUGCGGAGAGGACAACGUAAGAGACCUCGGCGUCGAGUUCGCCGUCCGAAGUGUAGUUCGAAAGGCGCUCGAGUUCGUUAGUACGUGCGCGGAGUGCGACGGGCUUGUAACAUUCCUGAGGACAUACACACCAUCACACUUUGAGAAUGGCUCAUGGUUCACUGGGGGGUACUGCAACAGAACUCAACCCUUGAGUGAGGAUGAGUUAGGAUUGCGCGGUUUUGAUUUGAAAUUGAGGAAGAUUCAAUUUGAAGAGAUGGAGAGAGCUAGGAGGACUAAGGUUAAUGGGCCGGGCCGAGAAUUCGGGCUUUUGGAUGUGACGAAGGCGAUGAUGCUUCGGGCCGACGGGCAUCCGGGGGCCCAUUAUGAUAAAAGGUGGGUUAGGAAUGCUAAUGAUUGCUUGCAUUGGUGCUUGCCCGGGCCUGUUGAUAUGUGGAACGAGGUGCUAUUGGAAACUCUAAAAAAGCAUUCGCCACUCUAGUGGUACAAUUUUAGUUAUUUGUUUGGAUUAAACAUAUAAGGUGCAUUUGGUUCAGAUUAUCCCGACAGGUAAUUCUGUUAGAAUUAUUGUAUUUGGUUCAUCCGGUAUGUAAUCUGCUCGGUAUUACAGGAUUACAAAAGGUAUAAGAUUAUACUUAAAAUAUUA